AUGUCUCUUUACCAUGAGGCUGCCGACAUCCUUGAGAGAGCGCAAAAAAAUGGGGGAUCACUCAAAUCGAUAGUGUUCGGCAAGAAGACCUGGAAGACGGAUGGAAAAACACUUUUCGCCUUGACAAGUGAAGCGGCGAAAUGGAGCGAGAUCCUGUCCGAAGUGGUGGAGAGGAGUGGUGUUCUGGGUGUUGAGAAGAGCCUGACUCCAACCCUGGCUCUCCUUCUCACACAUGACCUCUUCCUGUCAAAGAAAGGUGUUGCGUUACCCUCAAGCCAUGGCUUGAACACAUCGAUCAGUCGACACAAGGUUCGACUAUCGGCAGAGCUCACCAAGGCACGAUUACGGCGUGGCUUUGCCACGUUGGAUGCACUGCGAGCACACGUCAACUCAGAAGCUGCCAAUGGACCACCAACCGAUCCCGAUUCGAAACCACGGAUACGACAUCCUCGAUGGAUCCGGAUCAAUACGCUCAGAACUUCAUUUGACGACGAGCUGGCGGCUUCAUUCACUACCUACACUCAAGCGCAAUCACUCAAGGAGAUCACCCAUGCCACGCCCGAUCAACGCCUCUACCAUGUCGACGAGCACAUUCCCAAUCUCAUUGCGAUUACCGGCCCAGACGAUCCUACAACGUUCAAGUCUUACAAGCAAGGCAAGCUGAUUCUUCAGGAGAAGGCUUCCUGCUUUCCUGCCUACUUGCUUGAUCCUCGGCCUGGCGAGGGUGAUGUGAUCGAUGCGUGUGCGGCUCCUGGAAACAAAACGACUCAUGUGGCCUCUCUCCUGACCGACUCUCAGAGUAAGGUCACAGCAUGCGAGAAAGAUCCCGAACGAUCAAAGACCCUGGAGAAGAUGGUGAAGUUGGCAGGCGCUGGGGAUGUUGUGACGGUCAAGCAGAAGCAGAACUUUCUCAAACUAGAUCCAGCAGCGAAGGAGUGCAGAAAUGUUACAAGUCUCCUUCUUGACCCCAGCUGCUCAGGCAAUGGCAUCUUUGGACGAGAUGAGGCUACUGUGACUGUUCGCUUGCCGUCCGCGACCACUACGGUUCCAGCCUCAAAGGGCAAGAAACGAAAACGAGGCGGACAGAAGACUCAACCUGCGCCAGAACCGACAGACCAGGAUGGAGACGCAAUCACUGAAGAGACACCCGAACAAGACGAUGAGGACGAAGCGAAACUGAAAGCAAGACUCGAAAACCUUUCCACCUUCCAGCUCAGGCUACUGCAACACGCCAUGUCCUUCCCUGCAGCCAAACGAAUCACGUAUUCAACGUGUUCCAUACAUGCAGAGGAGAAUGAGAACGUCGUGGUGCAGGCAUUGCUCUCAGACGUUGCUCAUAGCCGAGGCUGGCGGAUUAUGAAGCGUGCUGAUCAGGUCGAUGGGAUGAGAAGAUGGCACAAGCGAGGUAGUGUAGACGCUGCUCGUCAAGCAAUAGCAGCGUCAACAACCGAGGGUGGAGCAAAAGAUUUUGAUGCUGCGGAAGUGGCUGAUUCUUGUAUCCGAUGCGAGAAGGGAGGCGAAGAUGGGACUAUGGGCUUCUUUGUGGCUGGUUUUGUAAGAGAUGGCGAUGUUGAAAUUGAGCCGAAUGGAGGUCGGAAUGGUGCAGUAGAAGAAGCAGAUGGAGCAGCAGAUGAUGACGACGAAGAGUGGAAUGGCUUCAGCGGCGAUGAAGCAUGA